AUGGCGCUGGUCAAUGGCGUCCUAGUGGCUAUGCCACCGCCAGAUGGCUACAUUGUUGACUUUGACCAUCCCCAGAGAAACAGCGAUGUAGCUGCUUACUGGAUCUUUGGCGUCGGCAACGCUCUCAGCCUCCUGUCGAUAUUACAGAGACUUUAUGUACGAGUAUUCAUCAUGAAAAAGCUUCAGAUGGAUGAUGCAUUUCUUCUCGUUGCUUAUAUCUUUUCCGUUGUGCUUCAAUGUCUCAUUAUCAGGGAUUUCGCACGUGGAAUCAUGGGAACUCACAUCUGGGAGAUGCCAAUCACCAAAUUCUAUCAGUUUCUCAAGGACUUGUAUCAACUCCCGAUCCUCUACAAUCCAAUCCAAUGCGGGGCGAAGCUAUCUCUUCUGCUUGUCUAUCAGCGCUUGGCACCGCUCAAGUGGUACAAGCUCACGGUCUGGACAACAGCAGCCAUCAUUGUGAUAUCUUCUACAGUCCUCCUUUUCAUUACAAUUUUCCCAUGUCAACCGGUGCAGGCUGCCUGGGACUUGACCAUCACGGACUACCAAUGCGUCAACCGCCAGGCAGUCUACAAGGCACAAGCCAUCAUGGGAGCCAUAACUGAUGCAAUGGUCCUGCUGGUGCCCAUCCCGGUUGUUGUUUCUUUACAUAUCCCGCGCAGGCAAAAGUUUGGUCUGGUAUGUUUCUUCGGCAUUGGUGCAAUCACUGUUUUUACUUCAAUCAUGAGGUUAAUCCAGUUGAUCAAGUCCUUUGAUACAACAGACCAGACCUGGGGUGGUGGUGUAGUUCUUUUAUGGAUCUUUGCCGAGGCAAACCUUUCAAUCAUCUGCGCAUCACUGCCCACCGUAAAAAUCUUCAUCAGGCACGUCGCCCCGCGCCUCCUAGGCACCGAGUACGCGAAGCGAUCCUAUCCAGCCGGCAACUCGACGCCCAACGCCAUGCCAACCAUUGGAGGGACCGGUGAGCAGAAACAAGGACUCUCGGUUGAUAAAUAUGGAUGGUACGAGGACGGUUCGGCACAUCCUCUGGAUACAAUAGUCGACGUUGAAGGUGGCAAACACGGACAGCGGCGACAAGAGUCACCAGAUGAACAGGGCACUGAUGGUUGGGAUGACCUUGGAGAUGGUGGUUCGGAGAGGGGGAUCGUACAAACACGGACAACCACUGUCUCGUAUUCCAAAUGA